CCGGAUUGUUGUGAAAGACUCGUCAAAACAACUCCUCGCUUCCUCACUCCACUCCCUCAUUACGAUCGCCAAGCCCGCAGUCAGCAUCAGCAUCAGCAUCAGCACAUAGCCCUGUCCUAUCCAGCCUGCAUAAGCAAGACCAGGAUGCGAGAUGAAAACCAAUGAGAUUAAACCAGUGCGUGAGAAACGUGAGAAAGCUGAGUACAAGACUGCCUGGACAGCCUUCUGUGAUGAGACAGUUGCAACCAGAGAUAGGUAUAUUUUGCUGUUGGUAGGGCUGCGGGUCUUACUGUGUGGAAAUCAUGUGUGAGAUUUUCGAUGGCGAGAGGUGUGUGGAUGGGAGGAUAAGGUAGUAUAUUAAGCUUGGAUAGACCGGCUCUUAAAAGCCUUGUCAUUUUCAUACAAUUGUCUUCUUUGAUUUUUGAGCCUAGGUAACGAGACUCGCUUCCACGCAUCACCUGAACCGCCUCUGAAUAUAACAAAACACACCACCACAACCCUCGCCAGAGGCGUCACCCAAAACAAAAUGUCCCACCCCAGUUCCCGCUCAAGCAGCUCCUCAGCAUCAACAAACAAAGCACAAAAACGCCUCAUCGUCUCCUGCGACGGAACAUGGCAAUCAGCAGACAACAGCUCCCCCCUCGACAACACCAACGCCAUCAACUUCUGCCGCGCACUAAAACACAACCGAGGCGAAGAUGAAAAGGAGCAAAUCAUGUUCUACCAAGCUGGCGUGGGAAGCGACGCGUUAACAAAGAGCCAGAAGUUGCUUUCGGGCGGUUUCGGACUCGGUCUCGAAGAAAACUCCCGCGAAGCUUACUCCUACCUCGCGUACAAUUACCGCCCUGGCGACGAGAUAUUCCUCAUCGGAUUCUCCCGCGGCGCGUACACCGCUCGCUCAGUCGCCGGUCUCAUCGGUGCACUAGGCAUGCUGUCUCGUGACGGUAUGCAGUAUUUCAAAGCCGUAUACGCUUUGUACAAAGCUGCGAAGACGACGGCGGGGUUUACGAAAGCCCUGGAGAGGUUCAUUGAGGAGGAGAAGUUGGAGGGGACGGAGUGGAGGAUCCCGCCGAGUGAGGUGGAGAUUAAGGCUGUUGCUUGCUGGGAGACGGUGGGCGCUUUGGGGGUUCCGGAGAACUGGGUGACGAGGAUGGUGGGGGAGGAUGAGAAGUGGAAAUUCUUGGAUACGCAGCUGCCGGAACGCGUCGAAUUCGCCUUCCAAGCCCUCGGGCUCGACGAGCACCGCUCCUCCUUCUCCCCAACCCUCUGGUGGCGCGACCCCAACGCCCAAUUCACACGCAGCACCGACGGCUCCACCAUCCAGCCAACCCUGAUCCAAACCUGGUUCCCAGGCCACCACAGCGACGUAGGAGGCGGGCAACCCGACCACAAAAUCUCCAACAUCACUCUCGUCUGGAUGAUCGACCAGUUCACAUCCCGCUGCCUUCUCGACUUCGAUAUCGAUUAUGUGAAGAGGAUCUGCUCUCCAUCCCGCAACACAGCUGAUCCGUCCUGGACGAAAAACAAAGAUCCUUUUUAUUCGGGCUUUUUGCCGACUCUUCUGUGGAGUUUCCUGGGGAGUAAGAUCCGUACGCCGGGGAGGUAUAAGAGACCUGAGGGCGCGAAGGGGGUGAGUGUGGGGAGUAGGACGAAUGAGAAUAUGCAUUAUAGUGUAAGGGCGAAGAUGGAAGAGAGUGCGAAGGUGGGGGAUAAGAGGCCGUUGAGUCCGCCGAGUAGGGCUCUUGAGGGUUAUGUGUAUGAUGGGGAGAGAAGAUCGUGGGUUUGUGGGAAGAAGGGGAGGCCGGAGUUGACGGAGGUUGAGUUGCCGAGGACGGGGUUGUCGGCUGAGGGGGUGAAGAGUGAGAGUUUGGAGGCGUGGAUUUUUAGUGAGUGGUUGCAGAAGCAGGCGAAGGGUAACUGAAUAGAGGAUGUCGAGGGAUGACCGUGUCUGGAUUGGCAAAAAGAGGAGAAUAUAGUCGCAUUAUCGAUGGGUUCAGCGGGAGUACGUCUACUUUUGAUACCCGGAAGAAUUUAGAUUGAAUCAGUAGGAAUUUUGUAGCCUUUCGAACAUAGUCAGAUCAGUCGUAACAAUAAUAGAAUUGCUUGG